CAUGUCUUACCUAAACGAACCCGGAAGUAAGGUGGAGCGAAUGCCCUCGCUUCGCUUCAUUCCCAGUUAAUCGACUCGGUGGCUGCCAGCAUGGUCGUACUGAAAGGGAUCCCCUCAGUUUUAUCUCCGGAACUGCUUUAUACGCUCGCUCAAAUGGGACACGGGGAUGAACUGGUGCUUGCUGACGCUAACUUUCCAGCGUCUUCCAUUUGUGCUUGUGGUCCAACACAAAUCAGAGCAGAUGGUUUGGGAAUACCAAAACUUUUGGAGGCCAUUUUGAAGCUCUUGCCUCUGGACACCUAUGCCCCUUCUCCGGCUGCAGUCAUGGAUCUGGUAGACAGUGACAAGCAGAGACGUUUGGCAGUGCCUGUGUGGGCAACCUACACGCAGCUCCUGGAUCAGGCGGGGUCUCAGUCUCCUAUUGAGAAGGUGGAGAGGUCUGCUUUCUAUGAGCGAGCCAAGAAAGCCUUCGCUGUUGUGGCAACCGGGGAUCUACACAGGAAGAGGAUCACUGGUGGUAGAGAUCAUCCAGAUCUUCCUCUGGUUUGCUGUGCUUCCUCUGAAAUGGUGAACUCUGACAUCACUUUCACCCACGACCUCAGGGCUCAGCAGCUCCAUCUGCACAGGUGAAUCCUGGUCGUCACGGUGAUACAGCGCGUCCUCAUCCUUCUCUGGUUCAGAGAGUGCUUCGCGGACCUCUGCACCAGCUUUGUAUCCAGCCACAAGUGGAGCCAGAUAUACGUCCAGCUCCUCCCUCGCUUUGUUGUAGACUUCAUCCCAGUCCUGCUCAGGCUCAUCUGAGGCCACCUUACUGAAACCAGGGUGGUCGAUGUCAUCUGUAUCCUCCUCAUUCUUCUGAUGGUUCUUGAUGUGGGCAUCUUCCUGCCUGGGUGCUUCGCGGAUGUCGGCAGCAGGGAGGGCAUCCAGGUUUUGGAUUUGAACAAUGAGGAGUUCGUCCAUUGAAGGAUGGUACAGCUCAUCCAAGUCUUCUUCGGCCUUCCGGGGCUUUUUGUCCUCUCCGCUGGCCGUCAUACUCUUCCAAAUCAUCAUGCGAGGGUCAAUGUCAUAGUGAGUCUCAUCCAUGUCCUCGGGAGGCUCCACUUCUACUCCCCACGACAUCUUUCCUUUGUUAUCUAAGGACCUGAGAAAAAUAGAAAAACACAAUCGAAGUCUGCAUUUCCUCAAUCCAGGAGACAAUUACUCUCUUUAGGUUUAGUUUAAGGAAACUACAACUUACACAACCGUAUCCUGGAAUUCUUCAUCUGUGAGUUUGUUCUGAGAAAAGAGAAUAUAUUAAUUCUAUAGAUAUACAAAUAUUAGAUGACUGAUGUCCACAAAGUAGACGGGGAUGUAAUUUUACAUUCAUCAGGAAUAAUUUAUUAUAUGAUUUGUAUCUGUGGAGUCGACAGUGUAAUACUGUGGACAGCCAAUAGCAACAUAUACAUACCCAGGGUUUGUAUGGCUUUGCAGUGAUGCCAAAUAUCAGAUAAACACAGAUUAUUAGAGAAAACCUGCAAGUGAAGAGACUGGAUUAACGUCCACAUUUAAAGACUGUGACAGAUGUUACACAACAAAUCCAGUAAAAGAAACAAACCAUGCAAUCUUUCCGCUGUGACACUUUAGAACCAGGUUACCAAUCGGUGACAGAAACCCUUUGAAGAGAUUUGCUGUUUUCUUACCUGAGCAUGUUGACUGCUUUUAGCGCAACGCUUUGGAUCUGAACAAAUCGUUUCCCCUUCACCUUCUGUGAAAAUGAAGGAUCAAAGUCCCACCAAUAAAUUAAUCGUAUUGUCUUGACCUUUGUACUUAUGAGUGUCGGCUGGAAGUAAUUCACUGCCUUGAGCAACAUUUUUUCAACAUAAGUGUCUCUUUGCCAAUGGCUGAAGUUCCUCAUUCUGUCAUCAAGUUCAAUAAGAGUAACUAUACGUGUUAAUAUAUCUGUCUUGCGUAAGAUCAAUGCCACUUCUAGUUUAGUUUACCAUGGCUAUUUUUCUGUGAUUGAAAGGUAACUUGUUUCUGAUUUAUGGCAUUGCAUGAAUUAUUUACUGUUGUAAUAAAUGUAACUAGUUUUACAACUACA